UCAAAGUUAACCCCUUUAGUCAGAAAGUUAGACACUGAUCUUUAAAUUUUCGCAUCAAAAAAACCCAUGAAAUCCGCGAUUCUCAGAACCGGUUCGAUCCCGGUUCAGAACCUCAACCGGACACCUGCACAUAGUGGAAGUAUUCCAUCAUCUCCAAGAGUUUCAUUCCGGUCUGAAUAUAUUGGGUUUGGAAACCUAAAGCGGUCUAGCUCAGAUACCGAUUUGAUCCGUUCUGAGUUGGUGAGUUCAGGAGUUGGUCGAGUUGGAUCAGUUUCAUUCCCUGAUUUAGGUGUGAUUGUUGAGGAGGAAUCAAGUGGAGGAAUUGGGAUUGGGAUUGGGAAUGGAAAAGGGAAAGGGAAUGACUAUGGGGGUAAAGGAAAAGGUAGGAAUGAUGAGAGUAAUGAUAAGAGUAAGAUUGAAGAAUAUUACCAAGAAAUGUUGAAUUCAAAUCCUGAGAAUUCCUUACUUUUGAGAAAUUAUGGGAACUACUUGCAUCAGGUGAAGAAAAAUGCGGAGAAAGCAGAGGAAUAUUACGGAAGAGCAAUAUUAGCAAAUCCAGGAGAUGGGGAAUUAUUGUCAUUGUAUGGGAAUUUAAUUUGGGAAACUUCCAAGGAUGAACAUCGAGCUCAACUUUACUUUGAUCAAGCUAUUAAUGCCUCACCUAAUGAUUGCAUGGUUUUGGGUUCAUAUGCACACUUCUUAUGGGAAGCAGAGGAUGAUGAAGAUGAUCAAAGUACUUGUAUUAAUCAUGAAAGUGCUGGUAUUCCUGCUAUGGUUGGUGUUCGCUAAACAUUUUGAGCUUUUAAAACCCUUCAAUGGGCAUUAGGCAAUGGGCACUAGCUAGGAUGAGAAAAUAACUCUUAGAAUGUUUUGAUGUUAUAUUUUUUACUUUUCGUUUACAAUAUGAAAACAGGACUAGAUUAUGAAAAUAUAAAAUAUAAUAUGAAAAAUAAAAAAAAGAAAAACAAAAAUUGGAAAUAAUUAAUAGGAGAAAAUGAGAUUAAUCUCUUAUGUGACAUCGGUACUUACUGACUUCUAUGUAUAAAUGUUGUUAUUACUAAUGAGUUAACUAUACUUUUUCCAUAACACAACAUUUACAACAUCAAAUGUAACAUUUCUAUUUUUAGUAUUUUUCAGUUUUUACCUUGUUUUUUGGUAUUCCUAUAUUACUAGUUGAUUCUUUUAGGUUUUUAGUAAAGGAUAUUAUCAAGACAUCAAUUCAAUUAAAAGUUUAAACUAAUAGUUGUAAUCUCAAUAUAUGUUAAAGACACUAUAAAAGCACAAAGUGUAGACAUGCUGGCGCUAAUAAUUCCAGUUAAAAGAAUAGGUGGAUGAAAUUCAAACACUUAACUCAAGUUUUUAAUACCAUGUCAAGAAUCAAUACUACUAAAAGUUUAAUCUAAUGGUUUUGAGCAUGUACUACAAGGGGUUCGAUCGUACAUGACCUACUAAAUUUAAAAGCCUUAAACAUUAGUUGACAUUAGUUUACAUUGCUUUUACUUUAGUUUAAUUAUUUUUUUUUUCAGACCUUAAAUUUUCAAAUAAAUUAAACAAAUAAUAUUUUAAAAUUUAUUAUGUAUUUUUGCUCCGCGGAUGGUAUUUUAUAAGCUCUUGGACAAUCUUGUCUCUCGUCAUUUGGGAAUGAUAUUCCGUUUAAUAAUGAUAUUAUGCCAUGAAUGAUGUAUCCAUCUCUAAAAUGUCAUGUAGUACGGGCAAGAAUCAUGUGAUAAGGAUAGAAAAGAAAAAUCACAAGAAAAGCAAUCAUAGAAGGAAAACUACAAAUGAGUAGAGUUAGGAAAGAGUGGGUUUCCAUAAUCUUCUAUUCAUCAAUAAUGUUCAUUUGGACAUUUUCUUUAUGUUGGGUGCAUAUUAGGUGUGAGCACAAAUAAGUGUACUGAGUGUACUUUGUCUAGCAUUUUAAGUCUUUAACACUUGGAAUUAUAAGAAUUGCUUCCGUCCAUCUUACUUAGAUAGAUCGAUCUAAUUGAACAUGUAUUAGAGAGUCAUACUCGUCAAUACUAGAGUGGAAAACAAUCGAAACACAAUUUUUAGUGAAGAAUUAGGGUUUUUUGUAAUCAGAAACUGUGUACAAAAAGGUUUAAUAUAUCACAAAUUUUUGUAAGAGACGGUUUUUUUGAGAGACCAUCUCUAAUUGGACCAGCUCAUUUCAUAAUUUUUAAAAUAUUGUAAGUAGUCAUUAAAAAUAAUAUAAGUAGUCAUUUAAGAUAUUAAAAGUAGGCAUUAAAAGUAUAGUAAUUAAGCAUUAAUUAUAAUUAGACAUUAAGAAUACGGUAAGUA